AUGGAGGACGUUCCGAAUGACGCCGACACCGGCGAGCCGGCGCUCCAGAAAACCAUUUUGAGACCACUCCAGCACAAGAUGCCUGACGUGAAGUUGCAGGAGGACCAGCUUGCUGACGAUCCUCAGCAACGGCAUACAUGGCCGCAAGGCGAAGGACUGGAGCCAGAUUCCGGAAAUCUGGCAGAUCUCGUCAGCGGAGAGGCCAUCAGAGCCGCACAAAUCAAUCACCGAAGCCGAGUGUGCUUUGUCGGAACUGAGCCAUCCAACUUUAACUAUUUAGUCCGGCAGACAUCGUCCCAGACUGGCCGAGAUGGCAUUUUCCACUUCAGCAACCGCCAAUAUCAUCUCAAGUAUACUUCCCACGACAUCGAACGUGUGCCGCGCGAGGCGCUGGAGAGACCUGCCAAGCCCGUCAUAGACAAACUGGUGCGAGCGUACUUCGUACAUGUCAAUCGCGGCUGGCCCAUAGUCGACGAAGAAAACUUUCUCAACCAACUUGAAGGGGGAGAUGCAGGAAACCCACUUUCUUUACCGCUGUUGAAUGCGGUACUGUUGGUGGGAGCACACGUUUUGUCGUUUCAAGAGGAUUUCGAACAGAUGAGACUGCUUCAGUCACUUCUAUUCAGACGCACCAAGGCGCUGAUGGACUGUCGAUAUGAGCAAGACAGGCAGGUAUAUGUCCAGGUCGCUCUACUCUUGACAUGGUACUCGGAUGGGCUGGAAGAGGUCGUUGCCAACGCGUGGCACUGGAUAGGCACGGCAGCACGGACAGCCACGGGAUUGGGGAUGCACCGCGACACGACGACGGCUAGGUUGCUCGACGUGCACAGGCGCUCCUGGAUUCGCUUGUGGUGGGUGUUGUUCCAAUUUGACACGCUGAUCUCCUUGUCAAAUCUCGACGACUGUGGUGUUCCAGACCUCGAGUAUGCCCACUUUCAGGACAUCCGUGAGCCCGAGGCCGACUUCGUCAUUCACCAAACGCGUCUCUGCGUCAUCAUAUCGCGAACCCUCAGACAGCGUUGGGCGCUCCGAGCGUCGAGCGAGCAGAGAACAAGGGCAACAAACUGGGCAGACCAGGCCCUGGCGAGCUUCACAAUGGCGCUCCCUCCCUCCCUGCAACUGCCGCUCGCCAAUGCCGGAACGUGGCGUGCCAUCCUCCAUCUCACAUACAACAACUUCGUGCUCCUGCUCCACCGACCGCCGCCAAAGCAUAGAGGCGAGCAUCAGCCAUCACAACCCGCCGGCAACUCGGACAUCUGCGCAGAGGCCAGCAUGGGCCUCGUUUCCCUGCUAGAAGGACUGCACUGCACCCGUCGACUCUACGCCCUGUCGUUGUUUGACGUCCAAGCCGUCUUCACGGCCAUUGUUGCCGCCAACAACGAGCUCCAUAGCAGCAACCCGCUUGUCGUGGCAAAAGCAUCCCAGAAGCUCAAGUCCAUGUCAGCUAUCUUGGCAGAGCUGGCACGCAACUGGGGCUUCGCCAGAGGCCUUUUGCGCAUCUUCGACUCAAAGGGCGAGUUGACGCUCCACAGGGCCACGAAGCAAUCGGUCGCGGAUCCAGCGCAACGCAGCCACGAGUGCAGCGAUAGAUGCGACUGCAACGGCGCAUCCUUUGGCGGCAUGACUGGCGGCCAAGACAGCGCCAGCUCUUGCUCGACCACGGCGCGAAAUGGGCUACCCUUUGUCGGCCAGGCUGCUUCUUCGGUCAUUACUCCGUCGGACACGGCGUACGACUCGCCUGGUAGCCUGGUUGGUGAGGAUCGUGUACGGCUAGGCAACCCGCUCGAUGACUUUGUAUUUCCAGGUGCGUUUGAACUGGAGGAGUUUUUGCUCGGCGAGAAUGCUGAUUUCAUGCAUUUUUAA